GUUCACUCUCAAUUUAGACUUCACUUUUGAUAUUGAGAUGACAAUUUAAUAUUACUUGCCAACACCACGCAUUUCAACUUUGUUGCUUCAUCACCCACUCACGACGUAACUCAAUUCAUCACACGGUACUAGGCCUUGUUUCGCAGGACUUUCACCCAUUCGUUUCUCGUCAAUUCUCUUUGCUGAGACGCGUCUCAUCCCUUUGUCCAAAAAUGUCCGAUCACGAAUAUGGAGGAAAUGACGAUCUGUCUCUCCCCAAAGCCACCGUCCAGAAGAUUGUUACAGAAAUCCUUCCGUCCUCGACAGGGCUGAGCUUUUCCAAGGAGGCUAGAGAUCUUCUGAUAGAGUGCUGUGUGGAGUUCAUCACGUUGAUCUCGUCGGAAGCAAAUGAGAUCUCUGAGAAGGAAGCCAAGAAGACGAUUGCAUGCGACCAUAUCACCAAGGCUCUGGACACGCUUGGAUUUGGUGAAUACGUUCCGGCAGUCAUGGAAGCGGCAGCUCAGCACAAGGAGACACAAAAGGUUAUCAAGAACAUUCGAACAAACAAGUUUGAAGAUAGCGGCAUGUCUUUGGAGGAACUGGAGCGAUUGCAGGCUGAACAGUUUGCUCAAGCAGCAGCAAGGCACAACUAGCAUAUCAGUAAUCUGAUCAUUCGAAUUCAUCUUUCGGCAAGGCAUGGCAAGGCGUUCUUAGGGGUAUGGACUUGAGGUAGCUACAGCAUCGGCGUUGAGAGGCUCAUUGAUGAACUGAAGCAAUUGAAUGAUUCGCCUCAAAAGAGAGGUCAUGUGAAUAGUAGUUUCCCUGGGAGUACAAAACCAGUUGUGCACUGUCAGCUGAACACCGGUCUUGCGAUUGUUAUUCCAGGGAUUUCGUAUACCGAAGAUGGUAUGGCCGCCAUUGACCAAGCUGUGUGAGGACACCAAGGGGCGACAAUCCUGUAAGUCUUAUUGUGAAG